CACGUCAGGCGUAAGCUCGACGAUCGCCCUCGCCCUUCCUUCGUCAAACUUCUUUUGACCUUGCUAUCACUCCCAUUCACUGCCAUCACUUGGACCUGCAUACAGUAGCCGCUCACUUUCAACGAAGCCGUCGCUCCACCAUGUUUCCUCGUGGGGUUGCGGUGGGGAUGACGCGUCGACUUGUGCACAUCAUCUGCCUUGUAGUGCUUCUCUUUGCAAAAGACAUUGUGAUGGUCAAACACGGGGAUUUCAAGACAUGCCAGCAAAGUGGUUUCUGCGUGAGGCAGAGUGCUUUUGCGGAUCUAGUUGAUAAAGUUCCCAGUUUUGGGUCUCAGUAUGAACUCCUCCCAGAUUCCCUUAAAAUAGACGAAGGGAAAGGUGUUGUCACGGCACACUUGCUGGACCAAAAACAAAAGACCCCUUUCAUAUUCGAAUUGUUUUUGCUGGAGCACGACACUGCUCGAGUGCGAAUCAAGGAAGCUCCUCCCAUAAAGCCGCGCUAUGAACUCCUUGGUGACCUCGCCCUUGCAUCAUCACUGCCUGCUUCGGUCCCUAUUGCCAAAGUGAAUCGUACUUCGACUGGAGAGGAAAUAGCUGUUCAUUUUGGGGUAUCCGGGAAGAAUCUGUUGGUCCUACAUGCCAGACCAUUUAGAUUUGAAUUGUCUGUGAACGGGGUGCCUGCAGUGUCGUUCAACGAUAAGGGAUACUUGUACUACGAACAUUCCCGAAGCAAGGAGAGUACACCAGCAUUGGAGAACCAGGCAGCUAGCGCUGCGGAUGGGAAUGUGCCAGUUGAAGAAGGAGCAAAUAAAGAUGAUGAGAUUACGAAAUUGCAGGAGGCACUCAACAAAGAUCUGUGGGAAGAGACUUUCAACGGAAAAACGGACUCCAAGCCGAAUGGUCCUGCAUCCAUCGGAUUCGACGUGUCGUUCCCGGGAUCCAGUAAUGUUUAUGGGCUUCCGCAACACGCCUCCACAUUUUCUUUGAAGACAACGCGAGGGGAGAACAGGGAAUACGAUCAACCAUAUCGCCUGUACAACCUUGAUGUCUUUGAGUACAUCUUGGACAGUCCCAUGGCGUUGUAUGGAUCUAUCCCAUUUAUGAUGUCCCACAAGAAAGGCGUUUCUUCUGGCGUCUUCUGGUUAAAUUCCGCUGAAAUGUGGAUCGACGUCGAAAAGUCGAAGGGAACAGGCACUUUGUCAAAGCUCGCUAGUUAUAUUCCAUUUGCAACGUCCAAAGAGACAAGUGCUACUACCACUUCCACACAUUGGAUGGCCGAGUCCGGGGUCUUGGACGUCUUUGUGUUCGUGGGAUCGACACCAAAUGAUAUCUUUGACUCCUUCACUGCCAUUACUGGGCGCCCAGCGAUGCCACAGCAUUUUGCCACGGCUUAUCACCAAUGCCGAUGGAACUACAUGGAUGAGCAGGAUGUUGCAGAUGUCAACGCAGGAUUUGAAAAGCAUGACAUCCCGUAUGAUGUUCUGUGGUUGGAUAUCGAACACACCGAUGGCAAAAAGUACUUCACGUGGGACAAAACAAAAUUCCCGAAUCCGGAAACCAUGCAAAACAAUCUAGCUGGCACAGGCCGGAAGAUGGUCACCAUCAUCGACCCUCAUAUCAAGCGCGAUGAUGGCUACUACGUUACCAAAGAAGCCAGAGAAAAGGGCCUGUUCAUCAAGGACAAGGAUGGAAACGAAUUCGACGGAUGGUGCUGGCCAGGCAGUUCCAGUUGGAUUGAUUACACCGACCCAGCUGCCCGACAGUACUGGGCGGAAAAGUUUCAGUUUUCAGAGUACAAGGGCUCUACUCCCAGUCUCUACACCUGGAAUGACAUGAAUGAACCCUCCGUCUUUACAGGUCCGGAAACUACCAUGCCAAAGGACGCAUUGCAUCAUGGGGGGAUAGAACAUCGUGAUGUGCACAAUGUUUACGGUACUCUGCUACAUCGGUCAACAUAUGAGGGGCAUUUACUGCGGUCGAAAAAUGAAGAUCGUCCUUUUGUUUUAUCUCGGGCCUUCUUUGCCGGAACCCAGAGAUAUGGCGCAAUCUGGACUGGUGACAAUACAGCGGAGUGGGGCCAUCUGGCUGCCUCUGUGCCGAUGAUACUUUCCAUUGGUGUGGCGGGAGUAGUCUUUAGCGGAGCUGAUGUCGGUGGCUUCUUUGGAAACCCUGAACCUGACUUGCUUCUCCGCUGGUACCAGGUUGCAGCAUUCCAACCUUUCUUCCGCGCGCAUGCACACAUUGAUACGAAGCGCCGUGAGCCUUGGCUUUUCGGUGAGCCGUAUACAAGUCUGAUCCGUGAAGCCAUCCGACAACGGUACAGGAUUAUGCCGUAUUUGUACACGUUAUUCUGGCAAUCGACGCAGAACGGAUCUCCGAUUAUGCGGCCCAUGGUAUCUGAAUUUCCUGAGGAUGAAAAUACUUUCGGAAUGGGCGACCAGUUCAUGCUGGGAAAAGGGCUUUUGAUAAAACCCGUUGUGCAGAAAGACCAAAGUAGUGUCGACGUAUAUCUGCCAAAGCUCGCGGUUUGGUAUGAUUACACAUCGUUGGGAAAAGUUGCCCCAUCAGCCGCCGGAGUUCUGAAUGUCAAGACACCACUGGAAAAAAUUCCUGUGCUUUUGCGAGGAGGAACCAUACUUCCCAGACGCGAGCGAAUCCGGCGUGCGUCUAACCUCAUGUUGCACGAUCCCUACACGCUACUGGUUGCGCUUGACCACAAGGGCGAGGCAACUGGCACUAUAUAUGCUGACGAUGGACACAGUUUCCGUUUCAGAGAGGGCAAGUAUGUAUUGAGCGAGCUCUCGUACUCCAGCGGAACUUUAUCAGCGCGUGGGGUUCGACUUGGCAAUGAUGCCAAACUGUCCGAUGCCGAUGUAGAUGCACUCAGUGCGCGUGUGGAGAGAUUGAUUAUUACUGGACUGUCAGCCUUACCCAAGAAAGUGGAAUUGGAUGGUAGACAGCUAGAGUUUACCGGGGAGAAGGUAGACGGAGAUGUUUAUAAGAUAGUGGUAAAGGACCCGAAGGCUUGGGUGGGACGAGAUUGGAAAAUUCAUGUGGAGUGAAAGGGCUUUACGCAGAAAUUAUGUAGGACUUUCAACUGUAGGUAGUGGAAACAGAACCACAGCUUGUGGAACGAGUGCAGGUUCAUCACGUGCUACUUUGUUGCUAUGGCAAUCUUCAC